AUGCGCCCGAGUGGGCCGGUGUCGUUUAAGAGGGGCGUGGUGAGGGUAAUCUUGAGCAGGGACCCCGGGCUGCAGGGACCGGUCUGCAGGGACCCCGGGCUGCAGGGACCCCGGUCUGCAGGGACCCCGGUCUGCAGGGACCCCGGUCUGCAGGGACCCCGGGCUGCAGGGACCCCGGGCUGCAGGGACCGGUCUGCAGGGACCCCAGGCUGCAGGGAUCCCGGGCUGCAAGGACCGGGCUGCAAGGACCGGUCUGCAGGGACCCCGGGCUACAGGGACCCCGGGCUGCAGGGACCCCGGGCUGCAGGGACCCCGGGCUGCAGGGACACCGGGCUGCAGGGACCGGGCUGCAGGGGCUCCACCUACACCCACACCCAGGGGCUCCACCCACACCCAGGGGCUCCACCCACACCCAGGGGCUCCACCUACACCCACACCCAGGGGCUCCACCCACACCCAGGGGUUCCACCCACACCCAGGGGCUCCACCUACACCCACACCCAGGGGUUCCACCCACACCCAGGGGAUCCACCUACACCCACACCCAGGGGCUCCACCCACACCCAGGGGCUCCACCCACACCCAGGGGCUCCACCUACACCCACACCCAGGGGCUCCACCCACACCCAGGGGUUCCACCCACACCCAGGGGCUCCACCUACACCCACACCCAGGGGUUCCACCCACACCCAGGGGCUCCACCUACACCCACACCCAGGGCCUCACUUCCCUCCGCGCUCAGACCGCGGCUCGACGCCGCAGAUGACGCAGCAGCUGUUCGGGCUCCAGGUCUCCUCCGGGGCCCGCUGA